AUGGAGCCCCCGGGGCCGCAGCUGCUAAGUUUGGAGGCGCCGGGACCUGCGCCUUUUGAAGACCCCCCGCCUGCCGAGGAGCCGCCCGCCCCGGGAGUCCUCUGCACCGAGGGUGGCGGGGACGGCGGCGGCACGUCAGCGGCCCCGAGCUCCGACGCCGAGGGCCCGUCCCCGCAGGAAGAGGCUGCCCCCUGGGAGCAGGAGGAGCUGCUGGAAAGCCGCCGCCGUCGCCGCUGCGGCGCGCGCUCCUUCUCUCUGCCCGCCGACCCGAUCCUGCAGGCGGCCAAAGUCCUGCAGCGGCGGCGGCCGCCUGGCCUGGAGCGCGUGCAGUGCUCGGCACCCUGGGGCGCGGAGGUGACCGGCUCCGGCCGGGUGCUGGGCUGCCCGGGGCCGCGCGUCGUGGCCGUGCGCUACACCUUCACCGAAUGGCGCUCCUUCCUGGACCUGCCGGCUGAGCUGCGGCCCGAGCCAGGGAAGUCUCCGCCGCCAGAGGCGCCGUCGGGGGGGCCGGGGGAGGCCGAGGAGGAGCCGAGCGCCGAGCGCUUCCACUUCGCGCUGUGCCUGCCCCCGGGCCUGCAGCCCAAGGAGGGGGAGGACGCGGACGCUCCGGACGUCGCCGUCCACUUCGCCGUCUGCUACCGCUGCGCCCAGGGCGAGUACUGGGACAACAACUCGGGGGCCAACUACACGCUGCGCUACGUGCGCCCUGCCGACGCGCGCUGA